AUCUUGGACUUCAGCGCGAAGCAGCUGCGCGUCAGUCGAAAAUUAACCAUUAAACGGAACGGAAGAAGAAUAAAAUGCUAUACUAAAUUAGUUGCUGUGGGUGUCUAAGUGAUUUUGUACGCGCCCGCGCCGCUAAGCCAAACGCAAAAGAGGACGAACGAGGAAGUCACGCACAAAAUCAAAGAAAACCACACACGCGAAAUAAAAUACAUAAGCAAACGUGCAAUUAUUGAAUUAAAAUUUGAAAUUGUAAAUUGAAGGCAGCAAAUUGAUACCGAUAACCGUUAAAUACAACACAAACCAAAAUCAAAACUAAUCAUGAUCUCGUGCAAUUGCUUGAAUUUUACUGCCACCUCGGCGCAGCUGCAGCGCAGCAGCAGCACUGGUGGCCCUGGAGGGGGUGGCAAUAACAUUAAUAAUAAUAACAACAUUAACAGCAGCAUUAACAUUGCUGCCAACGGAGGAGCCGACGAAGCUGCUCUGCCGGCGUUGCUGUCGCAGGUAUUCGUGCAAAAAUUUCCAAGGGAUUUUCUCUACUACACCAAUUUUAUGGAUUUCUUCAAGCAUGCAAUUGGUCCCAUUCCAGAUCUAACCAUAAAUGCCAUCAGUCAGCGUCACCUUAUCUACAGUGCCACUUUGGACGUGGCUGGUCAGACAUGGAAGCUGAGCAUCUGCAUCAAUUGCAAGGCGGUGCUGUGUGCCAAGCGUGUAGUUGUUGGCGCUGGUGCCACGCCCACCCACUACCUCAUCAAUAGUGCGCUGCAGUGCAGCAACGAGGAGUUGGCUCACCGACGCACCCACAAAUCCUACUCGGAGACCUUUGAGUUGCUGAUCAUUGAUCAUGACGAUGCUGCAUCUGCAGCGAUUUCACCAGGAGCAACUGGUGUAGUCAACUCGGCAUCCAAUCUGAGCAUUGGCUCCGUGCUGCCCCAUUCGGCGAUGGAUGGAACGCUGCAGCGUCUGUGUCAACUCCAGACGCAUCAGCAAGAGCGCAUCCAGGCGGAGAUCAAUGAGACCAACGAGCGCAUCGAACGCUAUACCGAGCAGAACUUUGCGCUCCUCAAGAGCUUUCGCGAGAAGUCGGAUCAGGAGGGAGCACUCCUGACACGGCGCAUUAAGCAGAUACCUGACCAUGUGAUUGAGCUCCUUGAUCGUGCCAUGCCCGUUGAUCUGGAGGUCAAUGGCGGCGGCAUCAGCUAUGGUCCCAUUGGACCAGGUGCGCGUCGUCGCAACACCAUCAGCAGUCGACGAGAUCUGGGCGUGCCAACCACGCCCACCACUCAGCUGGUGCAUCCGCCCACUUUCCUGGCAUUGUCGCAGGAAUCGCAACAACAGCAGCAGCAGCAACAACAGCAACAACAACAACAGCCGCAGCAGCUUCCAAGUGCUUCCAUCAUAACGACACGCAAAAUGUCCAACUUUGAUACACCGCCUGCCACACCAGAAGCCACGCCCAUGAGCGUGGGCAACAGUCCCACCUUCAGGCAGCAACAGCAACAGGCAACAGCAGCCGCCAACAACACGUUGCUGCUGUCCACGCCAGCUGCCUCGACAGCAGCGGAUGAUGCCGAUGACUGUCUGUUCGACCUGGAGGAUGUGGAUGGACCCACACAGACGCACGGUCACGGACAGGGUCAGGGACAAGCCAUGCCCAAUUUUCCGCGCGCCUUCUAUCAACAGCUACAGCAACAGCAUUACCAGCGUCAGCAGUCACAGCCCAAUCGCAAUCCUAAUCCCAAUACCAAUCACCAACACAAUCAUCAGCUGCCGGAUCAUCAGCAGUUCCACGACAACAUGAGCGAUGCCGACGAGGCCGAGGAUGCCCUCGAUCUGGACAGCUCGUUGUCAAUACCUGUGCGUAUUGGUGGAGGAGGGGGAGCUGGGGCACGUGCCACAUCCGCGCAAAUGUUGUAUGCCAAUUUUGCCAGAAGUCUGCCCGUCGAGAUAGCCAACUCGCCACUGGCCGAGCGUGCCAGUAACAAUAAUAACAACAACCUACAUGUUGUCCAGGACGAAGACGAGGUAAUUGACAACACCGUGGACAUUGCAGCUAGCAUCAAGGCGUUGGCCAAGAGUGUUCAUGGCGAGGCUGUUUUUGGUGAUCUGCCACGCCCACGUCUGCGCUCCCAGAUCUGAGCAACAACAAAAGCAACAACAACAACAACACCACAACGUACACAUAUUUCAGCAUAAAUUGUUAAACUCAGCUGUUUGUUUAUUCUAAACUAAAUUAGUUUGCUCAACGAACUUAAAUCAUGGACACUUGGAAGCGCCUUCAUCAUAUAUCCUUAUAUACAUAUAUAUAAACACACACACACACACACACAUAAAUAAUUAAGCUAUAUAUUGUGUAAAAUUUUUCUUUAAUUUUUUCCGUUUUUUUUUGUAAGUUUUUUCCCCACUUCGGAUGAUCUUCGAUUGAAAUAUGUAUUUUUUUCUUCGUACGAAAAAAGUGAUGGCUGCUGUCACAUUUGAAUUAAUUAAUUAAUUGAUAAUUGAUGAUGUUGUUAGUUUACACAAUGAA